AUGAAGUUGACGCUUUCGGGAAACUACCUCAAUUCGACAUAUGCGGAUGAGAGCGGACGGAUAGUCUACAAAGUUCGUACUACCGGUACGAUACCAGGUGCCUCGACAACUAUCGCCAAGAUUCUCCCGGAUGACAUUCCGCGAAGGGAGGACGAAACUGGGAACGGGCAGGAGGAAGACAGAUUCGCACAUUUCGCUCGUAUCGAUUGGAAAGCCUAUCGCGUUCUCGUCCGUGGGGAGGAGAUUCCCGGGAAGAAACUCCUUAGAAUAGAAGGAUGGAGGAGAAGUCGAAUCUUUGUUGGGGAUGAUGGGAAGGAAUACAAGUGGGUUUUGAAGCCCGGGCACCCAGAGCUUCAGUUGCUAGAUAUCAUCAAAGAAACAUUAUAG